AUGGGGCUGGCCACCGUGCUGUGUGCCCUGUGCCUACUGCCCCGCAGGAUGGCCUGGCCUCUCCCCAGGGAGGCUGGUGGCGUGAGUGAGCCACAGUGGAGACACGCUCAGGACUAUCUCAAGAGGUUUUAUCCACCUGACUCAGAAUCGAGGGAGGCUGACAGCUUCGAAGCCAGACUCAAGCUGAUGCAGAGGUUCUUCCGUCUGCCGGUGACCGGAGUCCUGAACUCCCGUGUCAUAGAAAUAAUGCAGAAGCCCAGAUGUGGGGUCCCAGACAUCGCAGAGUACUCACUCUUCCCAACCCAGCCAAAGUGGAUUUCCAGAGUGGUCACCUACAGGGUCGUAUCGUACACGCCAGACCUGCCGCGUGUCAUUGUGAAUCAACUAGUGGCAAAGGCCCUGAGGAUGUGGAGCCGAGAGAUCCCGCUUUCCUUCAGGAGAGUUUUAGUGGGGACGGCGGAUAUAAUGAUCGGCUUUGCAAGAGGAGCUCACGGGGACUACUACCCCUUUGACGGACCAGGAAACACCCUGGCUCACGCCUUUGCCCCUGGGCCGGGCCUAGGAGGAGACGCUCACUUUGAUGAGGACGAGCACUGGACGGACGGUAGCAGGAUAGGAGUUAACUUCCUCAUCACUGCGACCCACGAACUUGGUCAUUCUUUGGGCCUGGGUCACUCGUCUGAUCCCAAUGCCGUGAUGUAUCCAACCUACAGAGUCACAGACUCCAAGGACUUCAAACUUUCACCAGAUGAUAUCGAAGGAAUCCAGAAGUUAUACGGAGAGAAAAGUAAUUCGAGAAAGAAUUAG